GGGUGUGUCAGGCGUGUACCCAGUGCCUGCUCGCUGUGUGACCUGAACACUGCACGUUCUGCUGCUCCCGAUGGAGGAACUUCUCUGCAGACCCUCAGCGUAAUAUCGGACAUAUCGAUUGAUCAGGUGCUGUCGGGAUGCAAAACGUAACUCAAAGCUUUCAUUCCCCAUGGACACCGAGCAAGUGCAGACCCCAAUGACUCAGACAAGACCCUCUACAGCUGGGCUGAUAGAGCUUCACGUCUAUCUCGUACCUGAGGAUGUCUGGAACCCUAAGUUAAACAAGGUCCCCAUCGAUGUGAUCUGGCGGUUCAUUUCACUUGGAUUCAUAAGGGCACCCCCCGAUAUGAGGCUGCGGAACCUGAGGGAGAGCCUGGCUGAGUUCCUGGGGGAAGAAGCGGUGACGGACAAGUUUGUCUUCUUAAAAUGCGUUGGAAGCAGCCUGGCCGUGGUAAAGGCAAAGCAAGAGCAUGAACUGAAGCUGAAGGCGUUUGCUCCUCCAUAUGCCCGUGAACCUGAAUUAUAUCUACUUCCUGGAGGCAGCAACGAGGGCAGCUCAUACGGGUCAGCGGCCACGCCAGACCAGCGUCACACAGAGUAUUCGGGGUCCGACCUCUCUGACACAAGAGUUACUGAUCCCACCUGGGACAAGACGAUAAAUUCAUCCAUUAACGACAAUAAGACGGUAACGACCCAACCGCACCAGGGAGGCCGCGGAGGCAGAAGCUACAUAUGGAACCGGAAGCUUCCGGAAAUAAUACCCAUCUCACAGCAAUAUCUCGUUCAGACUGAAACCGGCCAUGUGUUACCUCUGCUGAACGGGAAAGGCUCCAAUGCACAGAGAGCAUCAGAAGCUGCACCCUCUGAGGACGCCGAGAAACUGACAGGAAGAAACCCAACGGGGGACUCUGGGAUUUCGGAUUCUCUCGUGGGUGCAGAAACCGAACGUUCUCGCCGCAAACGUCCAGAAAAACCUUUAGAAGCAAAUCCGGCCAACAGCCAGCCCAGGAACCAACAGCACCAGUUUGGUGGCACUACUUUCAGACAUCCAGUGGAGCCAGCUCACUACCAGCCUCCCCCGUCACCACCGCUUCUCCCAGAUUUUCCCACAAUCCAGUCUCCAAAACCCCAAAUGACUGCACGCAAUGAAACUAUUCAGGAACAAUUAAAACGUGUAAGAGAAGAGCGGGUCCAGCUAGAGAAAUCCCGGGAGGAGAUGAUAAAGAGGAUAAAGUCUUUGCUGGAGCAGUAUAAACUCCGGCGCCACCAAGCCAGAGAUUCUUGGAAAAAGAAGUAUUUUGAAAGCAAGAAAGCCACAUCCGCACUGGAGGAGACUCUGAACAAGCUGAAAAGUGAGCAGGACAUUUACUAUCAGAAGCUGCUGACGCAGCUCGCCGCCCGGGACAGUAGACAACGCGCCAAGAAUCCGACACUAGCUGCCAGUUCCAAGAAUUCUUUAAUAAUGACAAUAACUUCAAAACAGCAAGAACUCGAUCAGCUGAAGCGCAAAGUGGAAAACGUCAGAAUAAAGCUCCUCAUUGAAAUUAAGAUGAGGAAACAGGCAUCUUCUGAUCUGCAUGUUCUAAAAGCUGAAUUAGCCCACAAGAAGUCGACCUCGGUGAUAGCCGGCCCCCUGCUGCACGCAGCGUGACCACCCACAGGCACGAAUACUCCGCCCGUGCUUCAGGGACAUGUUACAGAGUAAUACUUCGUCUCUUCGCUUUGUUGCUGGAAAAAUAUUCUUUUGUAUAGCUCUCUAUAUGGACAUUUUGUGUUUUAUAAAAUUGUCUUUUAUAA